GAGUGCACUGCGGAUACGUGCGCGCGCGGCUCCAUUGACGAGCGACCGCGGGAAAGUUCUAAAAAAGUCAAAACAAAACAAAAAACCAGUACGAGGCAAAGUCAAAAUUUCAAGCCACAGAACCGGGCGGUGGCAGCCUUUCCGCCACUGCCCAAACUGCUGAAGCAGCUCUGGCGCGGACCAGCUGAUUCGAUGUGUGUUCACUGUUUCCUUCAGUGUGUGACAAACCACUGUGAAGGUACAUCACCUUUUCCCUUUUUCUGAGAUGGCUCAAGAUUCAGUAGGCCUUCCUUCUGAUUUUCAGUUUUGGAUGCGGAAGCUUUCCGUAUGGGACCAGGCAUCCACUUUGGAAACCCAACAAGACACCUGUCUUCACCUGCCUCAGUUCCAGGAGUUCCUGAGGCAGUUGUAUGAAGCCUUGAAAGAGAUGGAUUCAAAUGCAAUUAUUGAAAGAUUCCCCACAAUUGGUCAACUGUUGGCAAAAACUUGCUGGAAUCCUUUUAUCUUAGCAUAUGAUGAAAGCCAAAAAAUUCUAAUAUGGUGCUUGUGUUGUCUGAUUAAGAAAGAUCCACAGAAUUCUGGAGAAUCGAAACUUAACUCCUGGACACGGGGGUUGUUAUCUCAUAUACUUUCCACAUUCAGAUUUGAUAUAAAAGAAGUUGAUCUUUUUACUCAAGUUCUUGGGUAUGCACCCACAGAUUACUAUCCUGGUUUACUUAAAAAUAUGGUUUUAUCAUUAGUGUCUGAACUCAGAGAGAAUCAUCUUAAUGGAUUUAACACUCAAAGGCGAAUGGCUCCUGAACGAAUAAGGUCCCUGUCACGAGUUUGUGUCCCACUUGUUACUCUGCCAGAUUUUGAACCAUUGGUGGAGGCUCUGCUCACCUACCAUGGACAUGAACCUCAGGAAGUGCUCUGGCCUGAGUUCUGUGAUGCUGUGAAUGAGGCUUUUUUGCUGAAGAAGAUUUCUCUCCCCACGUCAGCUAUACUCUGCCUCUGGCUUCGGCACCUUCCCAGCCUUGAAAAUACAAUGCUGCAUCUUUUUGAAAAGCUUAUCUCCAGUGAGAGAAAUUUUCUGAAGAGGAUCGAAUGCUUUAUGAAAGAUUCAUUGCUGCCUGCAGCUGCCUGCCACCCUGCCGUAUUCAGAGUUGUUGACGAAAUGUUCAGGUACGCACUCCUGGAAACUGAUGGAGCCCUAGAAGUACUAGCCACUCUCCAAGUGUUUACACGAUGCUUUGUAGAAGCUCUGGAAAAAGAAAACAAGCAGCUGAAGUUUGCAUUCAAGACCUACUUUCCUUAUGCUUCUCCGUCUCUUGUCAUGGUGCUACUCCAACACCCAAAAGAUAUCCCACAGGGACUUUGGCACCAGGCACUGAAACAUAUCUCUGAAAUGCUCAAAGAAGUAGUUGAAGACCAAACUCACGGGUCCUACGGAGGCCCCUUUGAGAGCUGGUUUUUGUUCGUUCACUUUGGAGGAUGGGCUGAUAUGGCGGCUGAGCAGUUACUGACGUCGGAAGCUGAGGCUGAAGCUCCAGAGGCCCUGCUGUGGCUCCUGGCUUUCAGCUGCGGUCCAGGCGCUGGGCGUCAGCAGAGAGCACAGACCAUGGUGGAGGUGAAGGCAGUGCUCAGCUGCCUCAUGAAGCUGCUCAGGAGUCCAACCCUCUCGGCCAGGGAUCUGCAGGCAGCAGCUGGAGAGGGCGGAGAGGGAGCUACCAGACCGCCUGCCUGUCAGCAGCUGAUCAGGCGCCUCCUCCUGAACUUCCUGCUCUGGGCUCCCGGAGGCCACACGAUUGCCCAGGAAGUCAUCACGCUCAUGGCUCAGACGGAUGCAAUAAUGCACGAGAUUAUUGGCUUUCUGGACCAGACCUUGUACAGAUGGGACCAUCUUUGUGUGGAAGCCCCUAGGUCAAGAAAACUGGCCCAAGAGCUCCUUGCAGAGCUGCGUGGGCAAGCCUAGCCCAGGCCAGUUAACCAGGGAGGCUACGCCAUGAAAUGGUGGGGCCGCUUCUUAUGGCCUCCGUUUAGGGAAUAUGCGUCUGACAAAGCACAGCCCACCCUCUUGCUCGUUCUGCGGUUUCAGACUCAUGGCCCUGGCGCUCCGGCCUCCCCGGGCUCCCCUGGGUGUCAGGAAGGAGGGACUCGGCCCGCGGCUCCACUCAUCCUUGAAGCACGCGUCCUGUGGCUCCCACAGGACGCUGGCCGCUCCCGGUUUUACUGCAAGCAGCUUGCGUGGGUUUUCUGGACGAUCACUCUGCUUCCUGACAUCGGGCGCCGAUGGCCUCUUAUCUUGUCCAGGAGGCACCUGAGACAGCAGAGGGCACCUGGGGACAAGCCCCUGUCCGGGCGGUCCUGGGCUCUGGCUUCUGUGCUCAGCCCCGUUCUCACUGCUGGGACAAGGGUACUAGACAAACAUGGGAGCUCUUCCAGAGGCCAGCAGAAAGCUACGUUUUCCGUCGAAGUGGAGGAGUCAAGGACAGGGACUGGAAAGGGAUACCUGGAGAGGAUGCGGACCUGGGCAGUGGGCAGAAAUGCGGGGAAAAUCGAAACUGAGCCUGUCCCUGUGUUAACCAAAGGCGCCCGGUGUUGCACAGAUUCUUGGUUGCAAGCAACAGAAACAGACACGCUGUUGAAAGCAAAAGGGAAGCGAUCCAAAGGGUAUUUAAAAGCCCACAGAAUUGUCAGGCAGACAAGGCUUAGCUCUAGCCAGCCAGCAGCAGUACCCAAAACCCAGCUUCAGAGUGGCCUGGUGAGGAAAUUCCUGCUGCUGCUGUCAGUGAAUUCUGCAACCCUUGUAGCUCGUCCUGCAAGGUCUGCAACCUUCAGUAGCGAGACAGGCCCCCUGCACCCCGCUCUUUGA